AUAAUCAUAUAUACAUACAGGCACGUUUCUGUCGACUUGACAGCAACUGACAGCAAGAGACCUCUGAUGUUCAUCUCAUCGACCGUUUCCUCCCGUGUUCAAACCUGCGGAAGAAUCCGUCUGGUUCAGUCUGUGACCCGAACCUGAUCCAUCAUCCAUCCAUCCAUCAUCCAUCCAUCCUGCACCUCGUCCUCCUCUCCGGAUCAGCUUCUCUUCUGCACCGCUGCUCGUUCCACAGACUGAGCUCCAUGGACCAAUCAUCAUGAUCCUCCGCCAGCUGCUCCUCCCUCCCCUGCAGUCGCUGACCCCGCCUUUGCUCCACCCUCUCUGUGCGACAGCGCUCUGGGCCAAUGGCGGCGCGGCGUCACGCAGACACCUCAGCGCGGACGGCCCCGCCCCUCAGCAGCCCGUGAUCGGUCAGGAGUCGGUGGAGGUGUUGGGCCACUCGUACCCCCGCGAUGACUUCACCAACGUUACGUCAGGUAUCCUGGCCAAGGUCGGCCGCAACCUCCACAACCAAUCCCAUCAUCCUCUCUGGCUGAUCAAGGAGAGGAUCAAAGCUCACUUCUACAGUGCUUACAUCGGUCGCUGGGGCAACCCGCUGUUCUCCGUCCACGACAACCUGAGCCCCGUCGUUACCGUGGAGCAGAACUUCGACAGCUUGCUGAUCCCGCCCGACCACCCGAGCAGGAAACGAGGAGACAAUUAUUACCUGAACAGAUCGACGAUGCUUCGCGCUCACACCUCGGCCCACCAGAAGGAGCUGGUGCGCUCCGGUCUGGAUGCGUUCCUAUUGGCCGGAGACGUUUACAGGCGGGACGAGAUCGACGCCAGUCACUACCCGGUCUUCCACCAGAUGGAGGGCGUCCGCCUCUUCUCCAACCACGAGCUGUUCUCCAAGGUGCAGGACGGCGAGGAUCUGUCGCUGUUCGAGGUCGGAGGUCGGAGGUCGCCUCAGAAACAGGAAACGCACACGCUGGAGGCCGUCAAGCUGCUGGAGUUCGACCUGAAACGCACACUGACCAGACUGGUCAGUCAGCUGUUUGGAGGAGAUCUGGAGGUCAGAUGGGUCGACUGUUACUUCCCCUUCACUCAUCCCUCGUUUGAGAUGGAGGUGCGUUUCCAGGGCGACUGGCUGGAGGUGCUGGGCUGCGGAGUGAUGGAGCAGGAGCUGCUGAACUCUGCGGGGGCGGGGAACAAGCUGGGCUGGGCCUUCGGUCUGGGUCUGGAGAGACUGGCCAUGGUUCUGUACAGCAUCCCGGACAUCCGGCUCUUCUGGAGUCAAGACGAACGUUUCCUGAAACAGUUCAGAGUGACGGACGUCCAGCAGCCCGUCUGCUUCCAGCCUCUCAGUAAAUAUCCGCCUCUCCUCAACGACAUCUCCUUCUGGCUGCCGGAGAGCAGAGAGAGCUUCACGGAGAACGACUUCUACGAGCUGGUUCGCUCCAUCGGAGGAGACCUGGUGGAGAAAGUCUCACUGGUGGACGAGUUCACACACCCGAAGACCGGGAGGCGGAGUCAGUGUUACCGCAUCACUUACCGCCACAUGGAGCGAACUCUGACCCAGCAAGAGGUUCGACUCAUCCAUGAGCAGAUUGAACGCAGCGCCGAGACCGAGCUGGGCGUGCAGGGCAGAUACUGACACACGCACACACACACACACACACACACACACACACACACAAGGUACACCUGGCUGAAACUAACGCGGUCUGAAGCCUCAUGGGGGUCUGGUUUAGCACUGUGGGAGGGGCUGGGUGAUUCUGGAGCCUAAUUGGGAACCAGUAUGACAAUAAAAGGAGAGGAAGCUGCAGGAAGACAGACAUUUAGUCACAUUAGGAGUGAAUCAGCUGUAACAUGGACGUACAGACAACCGUCAUACUGAUACUGAAUGUGAUGAUUCUCAGGGUUUCUGGAGGUUUAUUGGAGAUAAUGAUUGAUUUGACUGAGUUAUGACUCCGACGCAGCAUCUUCACCUCACCUUCACCUCUCUCUGAAACAGCAGUCAAUCCCACUGUCAUGAAGGUUAUAAAGUUCAGUUAUAGUUCAACCUGUUUUACAGAGUUACUGACUGAACUUAACAGUUCUUUAGGAUCCUGGUUAUGUGUUGAGUACUGUGACUUCAUCCAGGAUGCUCAACGUUCUCUGUUGGAAACAUUUAGAAUAAAAUCAAAACCAGGAAACUUGUUUGAUUUGAUGUAAAUGUUUUGGAUAAAAACACUUCAGCCUCAAAAUAACAUUUAUAAAAACAUUAUAGCUUCUAUGAGAUGUUAUUGCAGUGUUGUAUCAGACUGCAUCAGUUUUAUCUCAGUGUACCUAAUAAACUGGCAACAGACAGACGGCAGACACACACACACACACACACACACACACACACACACACACACUCACACUCACACACACACACACACACACACACACACACACACACACUCAGAGCUGUUAGGAAGCUUCGUCACGUAGCUGUGAGAUUUCGCCGCAGGGGGAAACGUGUUGGAUUUAAUACAGACGUCACACUCAGCUUUUGAUGCUGCUGCCGGCGGUUCACACACACACACACACACACACACACACACAAACACACACACACACACACACACACACACACACACACACAAACACACACCUCUCUCUCUUCUUCAGCCUCAAUCAUCCAAAUUUGACGUGUGUCACCUUUAAUUUCUAAAAACAUCCUCUGUGUGUGUGUGUGUGUGUGUGUGUGUGUGUCAGGUCGGCGGUCACACACACACACACACACACACACACCGGCUUUGUGACGCUUCAAACCGCCGUGACGCGUCAACGCUGACAAAGACUGAGAUUUCCUGACGUCAGCAGCUGAGCUGAGAUGAUAAUACAGCUGCAGGAAGCUCUCACUGUGUUUGUCCUGCAGUCAAACAGCAGCUUUAUAUUUUUACAUUUAUUAAACUGAUAUCGCUGCCCUGGAUGAUGAUGAUGAUGAUGAUGAUGAUGAUGAUGAUGAUGAUGUUGUUGUUGUUGUUACACACAUCAGAGCGACUCUGUGGAGCUUCAGCACAACACCUACAAUCAUAAAAAUGUAUUUUUUUCAGAAAUAAAAGUUUCUUUUCUUCAUUAUUUGGAAAACGAAGCGUCUGUAGCUUCUACUGACGAUGUGUUUGUGUGUUUUAGUUCUUCAGAUGAAAACAUUAAAACUGUUUGGUCACAUG